CCCCUCAGAAUCCACACGAUACAUCCAGACCAAACAACAAAAUGCACAUCCCAACCUUCGUCACUCUCUCCCUCCUCGCCCUCUUCGGAACAGCAGCAGCAUCCCCCACCACGGCAGGGGCGAAGGAGAAGCCGCUGGCCGCGCGGGUGAACAUCCUACCCAACGGCGCGACCUGCAACAAGGACGGGAGUAUGGGGGUGUGCCAGAGUAAUUUCUGCAUGCAAACCGAGGGAGCUGCGACUGGAGUUUGUCGGUAAAUGGUCUGACUGGAGAACUGGAUAGAUUCAGUAAGGCCGAUUGCAGGUUUGUACAGUUUGGGUCGUCAAGUGCGGUCUGGACGCGGUUUCCUAAUCUAUCGAGAACCAUCAGCUGGCUGUUCUGUUCGCCCUCCUCUCGCUUCGCUUUCUAACUAGGCUUCCUGGGGAACUGUGUAUUCUACUGUUCAUGUUUCUCGGUCUUCACAGCCUUCCGU